AUCAUUGAUUUAUAACGAUGAUUCCCUAGCACGGAGCCAGUGGUUGGUUAAAACUCAAAUGUCUGGGCGGGCAGGAACUCAGUGGCGAGCAAAGCGGCACGAGCACCGCACGCGAAUGUCUUCCGUGGUAAUUUGUGUGUGAAUUGUGUCAAGGAUCUAUGUGAUAAUUAAUACAAACAUAGAAUGAACUCGGUACAUGAGCAACGAAAGCCGAAUCCGGUCCUAAAGGCCAAUUUCCUCUCAAAAUGGUUUUUUAUCUGGACACGCGAGAUUCUCGCCAAGGGAAUGCGACAGAGUGUGGAGCCAUCAGAUCUGUAUGCUCCCGUACCCAACCUCGACAGUCCCAAGGUUUCGCACCAUCUCCUCGGCCACUGGGAGAAGGAGCUGAAGCGACCCAAGCCCAGCGUUUUGCGUAUGGUCUUUCGGGCAUACGGUUGGGGCUUUGUGCCCGUCAGUAUAAUCUACUCACUGCUGGCCAUCGUUGUGCACACUUUGCAGCCGUUGCUGUUGGGCGGCCUGGUCUCCUUCUUCUCGGAGAGCACCGAUGACAUCUCCAAGAAAUCGGCAUACUUGUAUGCCAUGGGCGUUGUCCUGUGCUCCCUGGCCUCGGGUCUCUUCUACCACCCCUUUAUGAACUAUCUCUUCACAGUGGGCUCCCGCGUGCGGCUGGCCUGCGCCGGACUCGUCUAUAGGAAGUGCCUGAGGGUGUCAGUGGCUGCGGACAACAGCGGCAUGAGCGGCUAUGCUAUAGCCCUAAUGGCGACUGAUCUGCCGCAGUUCAAUGAGGCCUUCUACUUUCUCCAUGAGCUGUGGCGCGGACCGCUGGAAGGAUUGGUGUUUGGCUACAUUAUCUACCAGUUAAUUGGCUGGCCUGCGCUCGUGGGACUGGCAACCAUCAUCGUGUUCAUUCCACUGCAGGCAUGGGCUGCUCGAGCGACGGCCCGGUUCAAGCGCAGAUCGGCGGAGUUUGGCGAUGAACGAGUGAAGUUGAUGAACGAAAUCAUUACGGCCAUGCAGCUGAUCAAGAUGUACGCGUGGGAGAAGUCGUUUGCCAAGCUGAUCGGCCGGGUCAGGAAGAAGGAGAUGGGCUCCAUACGGGGAUCCAUGUACAUCUAUGCUGCCCUCCAGUGCACCGGAAUGAUAUCGAAGCUGUCGCUCUUCCUGUCCCUUGCCAGCUUUGUCUUCACCGGGGACAUUGUCACCUCGCAGAAGGUCUUCAUUGUUUCCAGCUACUACGACCACCUCAACGAGUCUCUGCUGCAUCUGUGGCCACUGGCCAUCAACAUUUGGGCCGAGACUUUUGUCGUUGCCGGUCGCGUGGUGGACUUUCUGCUCCAGCACGAAGAUCCCGCCGAUGGCGGCGUCGAUAACUUCAAGGAUGUGGAUGAGGACGUAGAGCACGGAAACUUCUUUGGCCGCAUGCACAAUCCCCGUGCCAUUCACAAGAGCGUCACCGUACAGAAGUUGACUGCCAGCUGGGACCAGGCGAAGCAGGAGAAACGACAACGCCACAUCGAUGACAUCAGCUUCCAGGCCACGGAGCAGCAGUUCGUGGGUAUUGUCGGUACUGUGGGCGCCGGCAAGAGUACCCUUCUGCAGGCCCUGCUGGGAGAGCUGGACAUCCUCAGCGGCAAAGCGGAGAUCAACGGUGUUCUCAGCUAUGCCGCCCAGGAGCCCUGGCUGAACCGCUGCAGCCUACGCGACAACAUCCUCUUCAUGGAGGCAUUCGACGAGCAGCGAUACAACGAAGUGCUGCGCGUCUGUCUCCUGGACAAGGACAUCGAGGAGCUGCCCGCUGGAGAUGCCACCACUGUGGGCGAAGGAGGAGCCAGCCUCAGUGGGGGCCAGAAGGCGAGAGUUAGUCUUGCGCGUGCCGUGUACCGCAAAGCCGAUAUCUAUCUACUGGAUGAUCCCCUCUCCGCAGUGGACUCGCAUGUGAGCAAAAUGCUCCUCGAUCGCUGCCUCAACGACUUUCUCAGCGACAAGAUCCGCAUCCUGGUCACGCAUCGUGUUCAGCUGCUGAAGCAUGUCGAUCACUUGGUGCUACUAGAGGGUGGUCGAGCCUCCAUUCAGGGCCAGUACGAUACUCUGAAGAAGCUCAUCCGAUUCCGUAUGUCGGUGGCCAACGACAGCGAGGUGGCCAAGCUGCGUGCCGUGCGCACUGACAGCAUCUUCGAGGAGACGCAGCCCAGGGAACCCCUGACCCAGCAGCAGCAAGUCGAUCUGGAUCGAAGGGAGCAGCAGUACAAGGAGCAGCAGCUGAGGGGAUCCGUAAAAUGGUCCACAUACAAGGCUUAUCUUGGAGUACUGGGAAUUCCUUCUGUGGUGGUGCUGAUCCUCAUACUAUUCAUUGUGGCACGCGCAUCGGAGGCCAUCAUGGAUAUAUUUCUUUCCAAAUGGGCCACGUGGGAAGAGACGGAGCCCAAUCAGCACGAGCCCAUCCCGCAGUAUCACAAAACCCGAAUGCGCCUGGUCACGCUCUACCUGAUUUUGAUUCUGACCACCCUGAUCUUAUAUGUUCUCCGAACCUUUGGCUUCUUCAUGAUGUGUCUUCGCAUUUCGUUGCGCAUCCACAACUACCUCUUCCAGGGCAUAAUCCGUGCCAGCAUGCAGUUCUUUACGCUGGCAACAUCCGGGCGUAUACUUAACCGUUUCUCAAGCGACAUCCUGUCCAUUGAUGUCACUCUGCCGCAAUCGAUGAUGGACUCCAUUGAGUUCUUUGUAGAUGCCUUGGCAGUACUCACUGUGGUAAGCACGGCCAACACAUGGCUGCUCAUUCCGGCCAUUAUUGUGAUGUCACUGCUGUAUCUCUGCCGGUGCCUGUACAUUGGAGCCAGCCGGAGCCUGAAGCGCAUUGAGACCAUCUCUCGCAGUCCCCUUUACUCCCACACGAAUGCCACCUUUAAAGGACUCACCACGAUCCGUGCCUUCAACGCCACCAAGCGCCUGGAGCGGGAUUUUCAUCGCUUACAGAAUGAAAACACUUCGGCCCUGUACCUAUUUGUGAGCGUAAACAGGGCCUUCGCCUUUUGGACGGACCUUAUCUGCGUGCUGUACAUCCUGGCGGUGACCUUCAGCUUCCUGCUUUUUGAUAGAAAGGAGCACGGCUACUACAGCGGCGAUGUGGGAUUGGCCAUCACCACUAAG